CGCGGCGGAGGGAGAGCGCCCGGCCCGGCCGCGGGACCCCCGAGCCCCGGCACCCCUCGGACCCCCGGCUAGAGCCGGCCCCGGAGCCCCCCCGCCCCUCGCCGGCCGCCCGGCGGGGCGGGCGGAGCGGACGGAGGCGGUUCCAGGCGGCGGCUCGUCAUGGCCCUGCCCCGCACGCUGGGGGAGCUGCAGCUGUACCGGGUGCUGCAACGCGCCAACCUGCUGGGCUACUACGAGACCUUCAUCCAGCAAGGGGGGGACGACGUGCAGCAGCUCUGCGAGGCGGGCGAGGAGGAGUUCCUGGAGAUCAUGGCGCUGGUGGGCAUGGCCACCAAGCCCCUCCACGUCCGCCGCCUCCAGAAGGCCCUGCGCGAGUGGGCCUCCAACCCGGGGCUCUUCAGCCAGCCCGUCUCGGCUGUCCCGGUCAGCAGCAUCCCGCUCUUCAAGCUCUCCGAGGCCGGCGGGCGCAAGGCGCUCAGCAACGGGCACGCCAGCCCCGGCGAGGCCGCGGGCAAGGGGGGCGGCAGCGCCGGGACGCCCCCAGCCCGCAGCCCCACGGAGCCAGGGGAGAAGCUGUCACCGUCAGCGGCUCCACCGUGGCCGGGAAGGAGCACCCCAGAGUCGGAGGGUGGUGGGGACGAGGAGCCGGGCGGUCCCCCCUUCUCCCCGGGCGGGAGCAGCGGGGAGCAGGCGGUGGGCACGGAGCUGGAGCCGGAGUUGGCACGGACGGUGGUGGAGAGCGUGGAGCGGCUGCUGCAGAGCUGCCCCCGGGGCGGCGAGGCCGAGCUGCGGGCGCUAAUGAAGCUCAACAAGAAGCUGGCCAAGGCUGUGGGGCACAUCUUCCAGCUGGAGGAUGGUGACCGGCAGAAGGAGGAGGAGAUCCGCCGGCACAGCGCGAUCUACGGCCGCGGCGAGGCCCGGCGCCGCGAGGGCAAGCAGCUCACCCUGCACGAGCUCAUCAUCAAUGAGGCGGCCGCCCAGUUCUGCCUGCGGGACAACUCGCUGCUGCUGCGGCGCGUCGAGCUCUUCUCGCUGUCACGACAGGUGGCACGGGAGAGCACCUACCUGUCCUCGCUCAAGGUCGCCAGGGCCCAUCCCGAGGACAGCGGCGCCGUCGUGGCCAAGCGGCUCAAGCAGGAGGCGGGAGAGCAGAGCCGUCCCGAGCUCCUGGCACUGCCGGUGGGGCUGGAGCCCCCCGGGGCCGGGUACCGAGCCAGCGUGGAGGAGGACACGGGCAGCCUCUCCGGGGAGAGCCUCGACGGCCACUUGCAGGCGGCGGGGGCCUGUCCCCGGCUGACCCCUCCGCCCGGUGCGGCCCCGGACGUGCCCCUCGGCCUCGCGCCCCACGGGCUCUGGAGCCGCCACAUCCUCCAGCAGACGCUGAUGGACGAGGGGCUGCGCCUGGCCCGCCUGGUCUCCCACGAUCGCGUGGGGCGGCUCAGCCCCUGCCUGCCGGGGAAGCCCCCGGGACCAGAAUUCGAGGACGGGCUGGCAGAACGGGGUCCGCCGGCCCCCCCAGACCCACCUCGGGGCACCAUCAAGGUGGAGCAGGAGACCAGCAGGCAGUGA